AUUUCCACUUUGUAAACCUUGAUCACCUUGUGACUAAAUUUUCCUUUGAGUGGGAAGACAUCAGUUGUGCAAGAGAAGGUUGAGGUAACACAAUGAUCGGAGGACUGGUCUCUUUGAUUCUUCUAAGCACACUGUCCCUGACUGAAACCCACGAGCUUUCUCUCAAUAUCUCAUUGACUGUGGCUAAACUUGGAGAUGAUGUGACUCUGGCAUGUUAUAUCCUUAAGGAUGAUGUUGUGUUGUCUUAUUGGUAUAAGCUGAGCUUUGGAUAUGUGAUUGAAACAAUUGCCUCAGGAACUUUUGCCAAAACAUCCCUUAAGGGACAAUUUAACAACUCCAGAUUCAGUGCCACAAGUGUAGGUAAUGUGCAUUCUCUAACCAUAAGAAAUGUAAAUAAAGAAGAUGAAGCAACAUACCUCUGUCAAGCAGGAUCGGCAUACAUGAUGGAAUUUCUUAAUGGCACAGUUUUGGCAGUGAAUGAUCCUAAAACUCAGCAGAAAUCUGUUACUGUGAAACAAACUCCAGAUGUUGAGUCGGUCCAUCUGGGCGACACAAUGACUCUGCAGUGUUCACUCCUCUCCAAGAACAAAAAUGACACAGUUCAGUGUCCAGGUGAAGACAAAGUGCACUGGUUUAAAGGUGCAUCAGUAUCCCAUCCAGGCAUCAUUUACCAUGGCAGUAUCAGAAACAACGAUGAAGGGAGAUGUGACUACAGUCUAUCCAAAAUUAUAUCAAACUCAUCUGAUGCUGGGACGUACUACUGUGCUGUGGUCACAUGUGGAGAGAUCCUGUUUGGUGAAGGAACUAAAGUGGAGAUAAGUGUUGUUUCUGCUGGGAUGUUUUCCAGAGGGGCCCCCGGUCGUUACUGUGCUUGUGACACUGCUGACCGGCUCUGUGCUUCUUAAUUUUGCUCUGAU